AUGGCGUAUUUUGGAAAGAUCGGUAUCGGAACUCCUCCUCAGUACUUCUACGUCCACUUCGACACCGGCUCCAGCACCCUGUGGGUCAAUUCGGUCUACUGCAACAGCGACGCCUGCACUAAACAUCCUCUGUUCAACCCAAAGAAGUCACGCACCUACAACAGCAGGAACAAACCGUUCUCGCUCAAGUACGGGACCGGAAGUGUUUCCGGCGUCAUCGGCUACGACACCAUCGCCGUCGGCGGUCUGAACGUCAAGAACCAGAAGAUCGGCCUGAGCAAACAGGAGCCCGGCGAUCACUUCGCCAAGCCCCUGCAUGACGGACUCAUGGGUCUGGCGUUCCUGCCACAGGAUCAGACGAUCGUGGACACCAUGAUUAACGAGGGCCUGAUCCAGGAGCCCGUCUUCGCGUUCUACCUGAGCAGUCACGCCGAUAAAGCCAGCGAGGUGAUCUUCGGGGGAACGGAUCCGUCUCAUUACCGGGGCCCGAUCAACUGGGUUCCUGCCCAAAAAAACAGCCACUGGCAGGUGAUAUUUGAAGGAUUCGAGGUGAACCACAAGUCCACUAACUGGUGUAGCAAGGGCUGCUCGGCCAUAGUGGACACCGGGACGUCCAUGCUGGAGUGUCCACCGCAGUACGUGGACUCUCUCCACAAAAUGCUGGGAGCACACAAGGACUCGAGCGGUGAUUUUGUGUUUGAAUGCAGUAAGGUGGACGGUCUUCCCACACUGACCUUCGCUAUGAACGGGGCUCAUCUGCACCUACCGCCCACUGCAUACGUGCUUCAGGACAAGCAUUCUGGCGGAUCUUGCAAGAGCGGCAUCAAAGCAUCUCAUGAGAAGUACAGAGACGGGCGUCCGUACUGGAUCCUGGGUGACGUGUUCCUCAGAAACUUCUACUCCGUGUUCGAUCAGGGACGAGCUCGAGUGGGAUUCGCUACGCUGGCCUGA